AUGACAAUGGCGAAAUUCCCUCCUCCGUCGGUCCAGUUACCGUACGUCAGUCUUCAGCUUACAACACUCUCCGUAAAAUUCCUAGGGAGGCCGCCGGAAGGCGAGUCGCGGAACGAGAUCAGACUCAGGGUAGGAACCUGCUCGAUAAGAGCGCUAUUGCUCAAAUCCUCCGUUAUUGGAGAACCGAUCUGGUUGCAGCAGCUGCAGGAUGAUGAUCAAUGA